AGAACAGCAGGUCUCGGGUUCGAUUCCUUCUAGCGCGUGGAGAGGAAGUAUCUUUUAAGAGACAGGAUAAGAGUUCUUUCUUUUCCGCUAGCGAUGGUCAAGAAGAGGCGCUACAUGAGCGAAGGCGGCGCAUAUGGAAGAUUUUCGUCCCGGAUUUUGGAUUCCAAGAAGCUAGUUCUUGGAUCUUUGGGAGAGAAUUCGCCUCUCUCGGCGGCAGCCGAUCUCAUUGGUUAGAUUUUCUGGAAAUUGGAGCUGUGGUCAAGAGAUACAUUUGUGGAGAUCUUCCUGGGUCCCUCCCCCCAGGCUAGCGUGGUCCCCGCGCGGCGCUCUGAUCGAAAGGACGCUCGAAUUUUUCUCUCUACCAUCUAGACAAAUGCUGUCGGUGAGGCUAUUGGAAUUCAACGCUGGAAGCGGAGUUUUCCGGUAUUUGGCUACUAAACAGGGAAAUCCAUAGCAAGAAAACACUCGCAAAUGGGCUGUGCGAAUUCUAAGGAAGUAGCGACGGCUAGAUCGCCCAAGAGGCUAGGACACUCUCGGUCUUGGAAGAAGCGCCUGCUCAUUCCAAUUGUGGAGGUUUUCCUCCAUAGCAGGAACCACAGAGCCAAGCACGCUCCUGAGCCGCUGCCAAUCGCAGAGAAAGUCAGAGCUCGCCAGGAGGAGAAAGAAGAUGGUUUUGAGGCGAUGGAGGCAGUCGAGGUGAUUGACGUGGUGGCACUCAUGGAGGGGCUGGAAGAGCAAGACGAGAAAGCAGCGUGUGUGACAAUGCCGGAGGCGAGGAGUGACGGGCAGGCAACGCCAGAGUCGUGGACUGACCAGGACGAGAUCUCCUCUCUCUGCGAGGCAUCAUCACCGGAGUCUAGCCGGAAUCACUGUGGAAGUCCGAAGAGCCCCCGGAGUCCACUGGUGUUUGGAGGACCGCAUUCGCAUUCACAGCGCAGUCUCAUGAAGGGAUUGACAAGGUGUGGGGACAACACGCCAGACAUCGUGGUGGCCAGGAAUUUUUCCUUCAACCUCCGGUCGUGCGUUGAUCAGGCCUCCACGCCGAAAGUCAUCCUCGACUCCACCUCUCCACUUUUGUGCAACGACGGAUCUCGUGACUUCAAGCACAGGUUAGCCAUCCAAUGCGUGACUUCUUCCACCAGAGACAACGCCGCAAACGAUGACAGUGAUCUUCUCUCCACAUUCGAGUCCAUGAUGGAGCAAAUUCGCAACGACCACUGGAUCUCGGAGGUCUCGAGCUCGACGAUCGAAGAACCUCCCAGGGACAGGCUCACGCUCCAGCUCAAACCACAGGAAUGCUGCACCACCACAGCGAUUCAUGGCAUUGCAUUCGACAGCAAAGACGUCGCCUCGGAGCCGGAGUUGGGCGAUGGCUACAGUCGAGUUCCAGCGCUGUUCGUCGAUGGAAGGUACAUUGGUGGCGUGGAGCGGCUAAACGAAUUGAAAAGCAAGUGCCAACUUCGCAAGCUCUUGCAUGAUCCAAGCGGCGGAGAUUUGUGGAGAGACACCGCCAUGGCUUGCAAGGGGUGUGGAGGAGCGAGCUUGGUGCCAUGCCUGGAUUGCAAUGGGAGCCGCCGGUUUAUAGCGGACAAUGGGCUGCCGGAGGGCUGUACGGAGUGUACGGUGAAUGGAAUGGUACGGUGCCCGCUGUGUAGUUAGCUGGCGAUCGGAAAAGGUGGCGGACUGGUAUAAAAGAGCCCCAAAGAGGUGAAAGGACAAACCCUAUCACACCGAUUAUAGUGGGCGAUGUCUGAAAUCUGUUGCUUGUUGGGUGGCGCGUGGUUUGCGGGUUGGAGCUGCUGGUUGUGCUUCAAAGAUGGAGAUUGCAGCUUUGGUGACGCGGAGUAUGGCACUGGAGCUUCCACCAGGGAUGGCGAGGCCGAGAAGGAAUUUGAGAAUGGCAUGGAUUCGGUGGUACUUCCCCUGGAGCUCUACAGCGUGAGGGAGCGAGGGAGAGAGGAGUGCCCGAUUUGCCUUGGGGCGUUUGGCGACGGGCAAGAGGUGACUGUGUUGCCCAAGUGCAAGCACUUCUACCAUCGCGACUGUCUCUCGUCGUGGCUCUUCAGGCAACCCACUUGCCCGCUUUGCCGCUGUAGCGUCCGACACGGGCCAACCGAACUUAAAAGGCUCUAGAAUUGUUUAGAGGAUCUCUUGGAAUAGAAGAAAUGUGAAUUGCUCUUCAUUAAA